CGGGCGCCCUCCUGGCGGCUGCUCCAGCAGGCCGAGGCAGCGGAGAUAGCACCAAGCUCAUCACUCCAUCCUUGCCCUCUCACCACCACCACAAGUCUGAGUCUUGCUGCACGCCGCCAUGAACGCCGUCAUUCCCUCGACCGUCGCCAACAAGUGCCCGCCUGGCACAAAGCUGCACGUCUUGCACCUCGGCUACCUGCAGGCCGACGCCGGAUGGUUCCUGCGCGGCGCCAACACCUCCCUGAUGUCCAACCCGAACCCGCACAAGAACAAGGAGCCGGAGCGCCGCGACCUCGUGAUGUACUGCUGUCUCAUCGACAUUCCCGGCGUAGGGCCGAUCCUGUGGGAGACGGGCUGCGGCAAGGACUACCCCGAGAUCUGGGGCGCGCCUGUCAACGACAUCUUUGCCAGGAGCAAGUACGACGAGUCGCAGGAGCUCGAUGCUGCCCUCGGAAAGAUUGGCUACAAGAUCUCCGACAUCAAAGCCGUGGUAAUUGGCCACCUGCACCUCGACCACGCCGGCGGCCUGAUGCACUUCAAGGACACGGACGUGCCGAUCUGGGUGCACAAGCUAGAGCUCGAGAAUGCCUUCUACAGCUGUGCCACGGGCGCCGACGAUGCCGUGUACCAGGCGCACUACCUGCUGCCCAAGGCCUUCAACUGGAAGACGUUCGACGACCGCACCGUCGACUUCGCCCCGGGCCUCACGCUGCACCAUCUGCCGGGACACACGGUCGGCCUCUGCGGACUGCAGAUCAACCUCAUCAACGACGGCACGUUCAUCUUCGUCUCGGACCAUGGUCAUGUCAAGGAGAACAUCUGGCCGGGCGUGCCGCAGGGCUGGCUUGCGCGUGACCACCAGGCUUGGUGGCACAGCAACCAGCGCCUGCUGCGCCUCGAGCAGGCGACGGCCGCCAAGGUCAUCCCGGGCCACGACGAGGACAUUGCGACGCCGCUCUUCGGCAAGGUCUUCACGUAGCGCACCGCGCGACGGUUCCGAGUGCUCGAUCUAUGAUGACAUUAAUGAAUGACAGUGGACGC